AUGAUUCCAAUUAAUAGAAUAUAUACCAAGAAUGAUAUAGAAAUAUGGAAAAAUAGUCAAAUACAUGAAGAUAUACUAAAGUUUAUAACUGAUACUCAAGAAGCUAUAGAUGGUAAGACUAAUGGUACUGAUUGUGAAAUAUCAAAUACUGUGGAGAAACUUUUGAAGGUUCUAGAUCAUGUUUCAGAGGCGAUUGAAAGACAUCCUGUGGUUUAUGAAAAAGAUGUUUCUCGAUUUGGUAAAAUUGAAUUCAAGGAUUUUUACAAAGAUGUUGAAAAAAAUAGCGAAAAUUGGUUACUGGAGAUUUCUAAUGAGAGUCUUGAUGAGAUAAGUGCUUAUUUUAAUGAAAGUUGGGGAAAUUAUUCAAGAAUAGAUUAUGGAUCAGGUCAUGAGCUAAAUUUUAUCUGCUUCCUAUACUGUUUGAAACAAUUAGGGUUAAUUAGUGCUCAAGAUUAUCCAGCUGUUAUUUUGAAGGUAUUCACGAAAUAUAUUUUCAUCAUGAGACAAUUACAAAAGAUUUAUUGGCUUGAACCAGCUGGAAGUCACGGAGUCUGGGGAUUAGAUGAUUAUCAUUUCUUACCAUUCCUAUACGGAGCAAGUCAAUUAAGUUCCCAUCCACACUUAAAGCCUAAAUCAAUACAUAAUAGUGAACUUGUUGAGAUGUUCGCUGAUCAAUACAUGUAUUUCGAAUGUAUUAAUUUCAUAAAUAAUAUCAAAACUGUCAAUAAUGGAAAUAAUGAGAAAUUGAGUCUUAGAUGGCAUUCACCCAUGCUUGAUGAUAUAUCAACAGCUAAAAAUUGGACUAAAGUAAAAGAAGGUAUGGUUAAGAUGUAUAAUGUUGAAGUAUUGAAUAAAUUACCAAUCAUACAACAUUUUAAAUUUGGUGAACUAAUAAAAUGCCCUGACGAGAUACCUGAACAUGAAGAAAGUGAAAUUGAUGAAGUUGGUCAUGGUCAUGAUCAUUUGAAUACUUGGGGUGAUUGCUGCGGUAUUAAGAUUCCUAGUGCUAUUGCUGCUAGUGAAAGUUUGAAAAGAAGUGGUAAGAAUCAAAUACCAUUUGAUUAA